GAACAUUGAAGUCCUGAAAUUAUAAAUGAUUUGGUGACAAGCCGAGCUUGCAAUGCAGGCAAUAAAAACCGUGGAAAAAGAAGUGACUUUUAUAAAGGAAAUACAUUUCACAGAAACCUUCCUAAAGAAAGAAGAGUGCAGCAGAAGCCUGGAGAGCAGGCGGCUCUGUGAGCAGCAGCCAUUGGAAGGAGCUGUCUGCAGCUCUCAGUGCUGUACUGAGCAUGUCCCAGCGGAGCCCAGUGCAAGCAGCACAUUAUGCAAAAAGGCAGCUCUAGCAGAUGGGAGAGAGGCACAGCAAGCAUUUGCUUCACUUGCAUCACCACCGCUUGAAAACAGACCUGGAUCGCUAGAGGGGAUCUUGCCGGCAGGCCAAAGGAAUGAAAUUCGGGAGCAUGGCUUGAUUGCUGAAGGUGUUGCACUGAGAAAAAUCAUGGGGAAUCAAGAUGGGAAGCUAAAGAAAAAUACAGGUGAUGUGCAUGAAGGAGGAGAGGAUGCCUCUGGGCCCAAGGAUACAGACGGCACAAAGAAGGUAUCGGGAAGCAGAAGGGGACUGGGGAAGCAUGCAAAAGGAAGUGAAUCCAGUAAGAAGAAGGGUAAGUCGGACUCGAGGGCCUCGGUGUUUUCAAAUCUGAGGAUCAGAAAAAAUCUGUCCAAGGCUAAAGAUGGGAAUAGUAGUUCACGGGAGGAUGUUUUGGAAAGCCAGGCCUUGCAGGCUGGAGAGCUGGACAGUACUCACUCAAUUGUAACCAAAACUCCAGAUAUAAGCAUCUCUGCAGAUGAAGGGGGUCUCUCAGACACAGAUGUGGAACAUUUUGAAAUCAGAAAUGAAACUGUCCCUGCUGCUGUGGAGACACAGGAUGGACAAAGGACCAGCUCUGGCUCUGAUACAGAUAUAUACAGUUUCCAUUCAGCCACAGAACAAGAGGAUUUGCUUUCUGAUAUCCAGCAAGCUAUUAGACUGCAGCAGCAGCAGCAGGGGGCAAUUAACAUUGGAACUGAGGACCUUGUCACCAAAACAAUGGGCCGACACAUGGCUAAUUCGCAAGCAGCCCCCUUAGAUUUUGAACGGUUUCUUUCAGUAGCUACCACUGACAAAGAGAGGAGCCCAGACACUGAGGGGGCUUUUCCAGCGAUAUCUGAAAUUGCAGAAAAUGUUCCUGUCUCCUGUGCAACCGAACGUGAACUGAAAGAAGCAGUAAAAGGCACAGGCUCUCCUGGUAAUGGCUUAUUUGAAACACAAGAACGUAAGCUAUUGAUUGGGGAACAGGAACAGCUCGUUGCUGGAGUGGAUGCUGUAGCUAGUGAACUAGAAGGUGAUUUAAAUAGAACUGCGGUAGAAAACGGGUCUCAGACACACAGCUCCACAGAACCUUUUCCAACCUUGGUAGCAGAUGCUGAGACUGAAAUUGCUGAAGUGCAGGAUGUUGAUUUGCAGGACUCUGUAACAGAGGAUGGUAUUUCAGAUGCAGGCCGUGAUCGUGCUGCUGAGACUCAGGAAGGGAAACACGCUCUGUCAGCCAGUCAAGAGGACCUGCAUAAUGGUUUAUCCACGGAAAUGAAAAAUGGCAUUUUGUCCUCUGAGGGGACAGCAGGCAGUCCAAUACUGGGUUCCCGAUGCUUUAAGCCUUAUCUAAUUAAUCCUUGUUACAUCAAAACCACAACUAGGCAACUGAGUUCUCCCAACCAUUCACCAUCUCCCUCCCCGACCCAGAGCCCGCUUUUUACAAGGAGGCAGGAGUCCUUCCACAAAAAAGAAAAAGUCUCAAUCAAGAAGCAGAGGUCUGCUAGUUUGGCAGGUUUAUUUAGUCGUUCUGCAGACUGGACAGAAGAGGUAUCUAAUCACAAAUAUGAGAUAACACAGAAGGUGGGGUCUGCAGGCUACUUGGAGCCCAAGGGGUUUAGAGAGAAAUUUCAAACAGAAAGAGUGCCUUUGACUCAUUCGAGAAAGUCCUCAGGGGUGCAGGCUUCUACUGAGACAUUUCCCAAUGUCUUUUCAG